ACAUUGCUGUGCAUUGUACACCGUCGAUUUGUGUAGUCAACCUAUCAAGCUUUGUUUUUUUGACAAACGUAUAUAACUUAUACGCAAGCUGUAACAGUGUAUAACAUUCAUUGCUUCAGCAAAGAAAAGUUAAGAAAUAUCGUAAUAUGCAGUGGUUAAGAAUAUAUUUAUAUUAAAAUCUUCUGCAAAAAGUUUGGAUUAACUCAAGAAUGACUCGGUCUAACAGAAAAAGAGGACGUGAUACAGAAGAGGAAUCUAGCGAAUUUAUGCCAUUGAGCAAAAGAAUAAAUAAUCUUCAUAUUAACGGCUUAUCAGGGAUACAUGAAAAUGUUACCGAAAAUAUGGAUACAGAUUGCUGCAACAGAAACUUCAUGCCAUCACCAAAUUACUCGGAGCUUUCCCAAGGAUCACCAUUGUACGACGGAUGUAGUUCUAGCCAAAGUAGUUACAUAGCGGAAUAUAAGCCUGACUUGGACGCAGUUGAAAAUCCAUUUUAUUAUGAAAGUAAUAAGCUCCUAUUCUCUUUAUAUAUGGAACGCGUUCAGAGAACAUCUGAUUCAUUUUGAUAUUUCUAUUUUCAAAUUAUAAUUCCCAAUCAUUAAGCAUUUUUUGCAUAUCAUUUUUUUCAUUCCUUUUCAAUAUAUUUUUAUUAAUUGAUGAAUGAACGAAAAUCUGGAAACAUAUGUUUGAUAAAUUUUAAACAACAAUCGAUUAUUUAUUACUAAAAUGUUAUUUUAAUUGGUAAUUUAUUGCAUGUGUAAUUGUAUAUACAAAAGUAAAAGUGAAUAUUAUUUAAAAUUUUUUUGUCCAAUGAUAGCUUAUUUAUAAUUAAAAAGAUGCAGAAUUGAAAUUUGCGCCAUUAUAAUUAAUGAGUUUAGGAUUUGAAUGAUCUGUAUUUUAUUAUUGUUAUAACAUAGAUGACUACAAUAUUACAUUAAAUUGCUGUUUCUAUAUGAGUGACGUGUCGUUGAUCAACCAUAUUUUUGUUAUGGACAUUUAUUAGAUGGCAAAGUAUUUUGAGACUGUGAAAGUAUGUGAAAUAGCAUAUUUAUAAUAAAAAAAAGUCUAUAAAAAGAAGGAACGAA